GGCUCCUCUAUUUUGCUAUGUUUUUGGCGGAUUAUCGAGUUUCUCGUGGUAAUUCUUCUUACCAGCAAUCGGCGGACUCAUCAGGACUCCCCCGACACCAAGUUUCGCCAGGCUUGGCAUUCAGGUAGCCCAUGCUUCCAGCAGCAACACGGCUGCAAACACUGGAAAGCCGAAUGUGGCUUGUGCUGUCGAUAGCACAUUAUGCACAGCAGCACCUUCAGUUCCUGUUCGUGAUUUUGCUCCUACGCUAAGUACAAACGAUUCGAGCAACUCGCCUAUGAGCCAUAGGCCCAGUUUGCCCAGACGUUGCAGAGUUGAACCUGGGUGUACUUUUCGGCCAGAACGCAGCGGACAACAGCACAGGCCAGUCACAGGAAAAGUUCUGCAUGACCGUUCCAGCAGCAAGACUGAUGCCAAGACCUGCGGGCCCUCCUCUGACUGCCCUGCAGGUUCCAAACCAUUUGCACCAUCGUCAAAGAGUAGGAAAAGUCUGACUAGUAGCAAUGAGGCUCAGCAUGGGCGAGCUGUUGCCACUGGCACAGGUCAUCUGUAUGCGCUGCAUUUGCACAACAAUUGUCCCGAGUUGCCACCAGUAGAGGACAUCGUGAAGCGUCUACAAGAAAUACAAAUGGAAUUUCAAAGGGACGGCCUCAGUAUGAAACUGCCAUGCUCGAUGACGGAUACGAAGCCCUGCUGGAUCUUGAACAACUUGAGGACGUUCAACCGCAUCCUGAUGAGAGUCGACAUUGAACUGAAAGAAGAAGAGCCGCGCAAACUCUGUGUUUGUUCUGUCGACGAAGCGGUGGUGGUGCACUCAAACGACAACUGGGUCUUUGACGCCUGCAUCCUGUUCCACCUGCUCCUCAAAAGGCACAAGUGCAUACAAACUUUGCACCUUGACAAGACAACUGUAGCAUCCAGUUACCCACAGAUACUCUGCGAUGCAUUGGCCUGCAACAGGGGCCUUAGGCGCUUGGCCAUCGCCUGUUGGGAUUUCUUACCUGCCACAGAGCGCACACUCGUCUACUCAUUGUGCAAGAUGCCUGCACUCGAAUAUAUUUGCAUUUCGAAACUGUCUGUGACGUCAAGCGCCGCUGCACGUAUCGGUGACAUGAUAGCGAGGGCAAAGUGCAUACGCAAGGUCAAGUUCCUGGAAAAUGACAUGUCGCCCGAGGCUGGUACGGAGCUCAUGAAGGGACUGUGUCGCAACAGCGGUCUUGAGCUGAUUUGGCUUGAUGACAAUGCCCUUGGAACUGGCGGAGCACAUUUUCUCGGUGAAUUCCUUGCCACGUCUACCAAACUGCGAGAGCUGUCGCUGAGUGAUGUGCCAUGCUUCGAUGAACAACAACUGGUGUUCAUUGCAGAGGGGCUGAAGACAAAUCGUAGCCUCGAGAAACUGGAGAUUCAUGGGUGCCGCGUUGCUGCGGGUGGCAUUGACAGGCUUGCCGAAGUUCUAAAGAACAACAGCACUCUGAAGUACUUGGAAGUGUCCGCAUGCAACCUUGCGCAAGCGGAAACCAGGUCUUUCGCAAUCCUUUUAGAGUUUAACACUGGUCUCCUUGAAGUAAACAUCAGGGACAACCUUAUCGAUGACAUUGGAGCAAUCCGGCUGGCACAGGCAUUGAAGUUCAAUAUGCACCUGGAGAAGCUGAACCUUGAGGCUAACAACAUCAACUCACCGGGAGUGGUUUCGCUUGUCGAAGCACUUGCGAGGAACAGUGUGUUGAAGGAGCUAACGCUGGGCUGCGUUGAAGCGGAGGAUGAAGAGGAUGAACGGGCAGUCACUGCCGCUUUAAAUCGCACAGCUGCCUACGACCGUGUGCGACUGAGCUGCUAUGACAUUCGGGGUGUUUUCAGCUCUCAGCGAGCCUCCGCAUGCAUGCUGACCGUAUCACAUCAGUGCACUUAG